AUGUAGUAUUAGUUACAAAAAUGUAUAAAGAUUUGUAAUCAAAAGUCAAGCUGUCAAUAAAAAACUUUCCUAAUUGCUAUUCUCUAUAUGCAUUAUCAUUUCAAAUCAAAAUCAUAUCAAAAGUAUUAGCAAACACAAUUUUGUCUCCCUUACCACUUUGUCCCUUCUUUACCCUUUCCCAUUUUGAAUGUCAUUAUCACUUCAAAGUGAAAAAAAAUUCAAUCUUUUUCAAUACCCAAGUUGAAAAAUCCAAUCUUUUUCAGUUUCUUGAAGUUUUCUGAUCAAGAUCUUGAAACCCCAGUUCAAAAAUAUCAAAAUCUAGCAGUUUUUUUCGUAUGUAUUUCACUUCAGAUCGUACUAGAGGGGUAAUUUUUGGGAAGGGGAAUUGAUAAUGCCAAGGCAGAAUCAGGCUAUGGUGGAGGGUUUAAUACCCAAGAUCCGUAAAAGGGGUUGUUCAUCUUCUUCAUCUGCAUCAUCAAAAGUGUAUAACUACAGAUUUAAACGGGCUAUUUUAGUUGGGAAAUCAAGAAACGGGCUCGGGCUCGGGUUUGGGCUUAGAGGGUCUAGAUCCAAUACACCAGUACCAAGUUGGAGAGCUACUCCAUUGAGAAACGUUGUUGAGUCACCCAAACAGUCCCUUGGUGGUGGGAUAUCACAGCCAGUUUCAGCUAGAAAACUUGCUGCUACAUUGUGGGAAAUGAAUGAAAUGCCUUCACCAAGAAUGACUGAGGAAGACUUGGAGAAAAAGAAGAAGAUGAUGAUGAAGAAGGAGAAAAUUCGGGCUGGUCAUAUGAGUUCGGGCUCUGUUUCGGGCUCUUUGCCUCCUCAUUUGUGUGAUCCAUCUCAUAGCCCGGUUUCUGAGAGGAUGGAUCGGUCUGGAACAGGAAGCUAUCAGAAGAGAUCAUCAACAACUUCCCGUAGACCAAGGACUACGGACCAUAAUGUUGGAAUGUUAGAUUCUUUAAGCAGCGCCAGUUUUAUGGAGCUUGAGACCAGAUCUCGUGCCCAGACUCCACGGGGAUCAGUGACUGGUUUUGGCAGCCGUCUGAAGGAUGUUAGUAAUGCUUUGACAACAUCCAAAGAGCUUCUGAAAAUAAUCAAUCGAAUUUGGGCACAUGCUGAUCAACCUUCAUCUAGCACGUCACUUGUCUCUGUGUUACACACUGAGCUAGAAAGGGCCCGCCUGCAGGUGAACCAGCUUAUUCAAGACCAGCGCUCGGAUCAAAAUGAGAUUAAUUAUCUCCUUAAAUGCUUUGCUGAAGAGAAAGCAGCUUGGAAGAAUAAAGGGCAACAGGCAGUUGAGGCUGCAAUUGAGUCCGUUGCAAAUGAACUUGAGGUAGAGAGAAAGCUUAGGCGGAGAUUUGAGAGCUUGAACAAAAAACUUGGCAAAGAGUUAUCGGAUUCAAAAGCAUCAUUCGUGAAGGUAGUGAAAGAGCUUGAAAGUGAGAAAAGAGCCAGAGAAGUAAUGGAACAGGUAUGUGAUGAAUUAGCUAGAGAUAUUGAUGAAGACAAAGCUGAAGCAGAAGAGAUGAAGAGGGAAUCUGCAAAAGUUCAAGAAGAGAUUGAACAGGAAAGAGAGAUGCUCCAGUUAGCUGAUAGAUUGCGCGAGGAAAGGGCUCACGUGAAACUCUCAGAGGCCAAGAAUCAUUUCGAGGAGAAAAAUUCUGCUAUUGACAAGCUAAGGAAGCAGCUUGAAGGAUUCCUGGGGAAGAAAAAGACCAAAGGUAAGAGAAACGGUUCCCUAAAUUUCAGAAAUAAUGAAGAUACGGCAUCCUUGAGUAUAGAAAAAGACAAUGAUGGAGAAGUGGAGAAUGUUGCAGACUGCGGGGAAGACUCAGCAGAAAGUGAUCUUCAUUCAAUUGAACUAAACAUGGACAAUUCCAAUAAGAGCUACAAUUGGGCUUAUCCAUCUAAUGUAGUUCGUGAGUCAAAACGAAUUUCAGUUGAUGAAAGAAGAGCAAGAAACUCCAUCGCUGGGCAGCCCAGAAGAAGCACUCCCAUUCAAAGGAGCAUUUCUGGUGGAGUUGUCGAGUAUGUCAAUCAAGCUGCAAAUCUUCCAACCUCAGGAGAUGGAUUAGACAGGGAAAGACUUCAUGAACUCGAGAAACUAGGCCAACGAUAUAGUUAUCUGGAUGAAGCACAGAGACUUAAAGCAGUGAAGGGCCUUAAGGAUCAUCUAAUAGCUAGUUCCGGGACAGGAUCUUGCAAAGACAUUUCCAGCCCCAUCCGACAGUGGGAGCAACCUUGGCCUUCUAGAGAUCCCUGUGGUACAAUUCAGGAAAAAUCGAGCAUUAUUCAGGGGAGUGCCACAAAAUCAAGGCUAGGAGAAGGCCAAAGUGUCAGAAGAUCAAGACGGUGAGAUUGUUUGAAUACGCGUGAUCUUGUCAAGGAGAAGGGGCCUUCUAAUUGUUGGAACUUGCUAAACUUGUUCCACUAUGGCCUAAGUUAUCUGUUCACUUGACAGUUCAAACCAAGAUUGCGCGAUAUAUUUUGACAUAUGUCUAAAAGAGGUUAACAUCUUGUUGAUUACACUUCAGAUGUCAUUUUCAAUUGUUUUCUUCUGCCAGUUUUUCGUUACAUGACUCCUUUUUGUUAAGGCGUGUUUGAAUUAGUCGAAAUCCCUGUAGAAAGUUGUGCUGAUUUUAGCAAACUGCUCACUGUGUAAAAAGUUCCCAGCUACUACUAUAAUUCUUUUCACCCUUGUAUACAGUUUCUCUUCUA